AUGACGAGACGUGCCUCCUCAAGAUUCGGGUCGGUGGUUACUGCGGAUGAGUCUCCCCAAAAUUCGAAGGCAGUUGGCAGAGGUCUUCAAGAAGUCAAGCUAGCUGAUGAGACUUGGACUAAGGCGGCGGCGGCGGCGGGGUUCAGGCUUCAGGCCGUGAAGAGGGAAGAGAGGCGGGCCCUGGUUUCUACUGAGUAUGGACAGAUCUCAGCUGUUCGGGUCAGGGAUGAUGUCAGUGGCUCACAUCUUCUUCACUUCAUCACCUUGGAGCCCAACUCUCUCUUCCUUCCAGUUGUUCUGCAUGCAGAUAUGGUCUUCUAUGUCCAUACAGGGAGUGGCAGGGUAAGCUGGACAGAGGAAGACGACCUUAAGAACGCAGACUUAAGGCGAGGAGAUGUUUACAGACUCCCGCAGGGAUCUGUUUUCUUCAUACAGAGCAACUUGGAAACUGAGACUGAGCGGCAGAAGCUCAGGAUUCAUGCCAUCUUUGCCAAUUCAGACAAUGGCCUCACUGUGCAAUCAUUUUGGGAACAGGCUAACGGACCGUAUUCUAGUAUCCGGGACAUGGUUCUUGGCUUCGACAGGAAAGUUCUGCAGGCAGCUUUCAAGGUGCCCGAGGAAGUGAUAGAUGAACUAUUCAACGGAACACAGCAACCAACCAUUAUACACCGGGUUCCGGCAACCAAGAGAACAGCAUGGGAGACGGAGGUUGAAUUUGUAAGGGGCCUUCUCGCAAGCAGAAGUUACAACAUAUUCGAAUUGAACAGGAAAAAGAGAAAGGAGAGUGCAAGAUUGUUCAACCUUUUCAAAGAGGAUAAAGAUUUCGAGAACUGCAACGGGUGGAGCACGACUGUAACAAGGAAGAAGUUGUCUGCAUUAAAGGGCUCAAACGUUGGCCUGUUCAUGGUGAACUUGACAGCAGGAUCGAUGAUGGGGCCGCACUGGAACCCGAGGGCUGCUGAGAUAGCAGUAGUCCUGUGGGGGCGGGGAAUGGUUCGCGUGGUGUGUUCUGGUAUUUCAAAUGAAACAGGGUGCCGGAACAUGAGGUUUGAGGUUGAGGAAGGCGACGUCUUUGUUGUGCCGAGGUUUCACCCCAUGGCUCAAAUGUCUUUCAACAAUGGAACGUUAGUUUUCAUGGGGUUUAGUACUUCAACAAAGAAGAAUCAUCCUCAGUUUCUAGCAGGACAGGCUUCGGUGCUUCGAACUUUAGAUAAAGAUGUUCUAGCGAUGUCGUUCAACGUUACGAAUACUACACUGGAUCAGCUUUUGGCUCAACAACACGACUCAGUGAUAUUAGGUUGUAUAUCUUGUGCUGAGGAGGAAUUGAGAAUCAUGGAGGAAGAGAUUGAGAGGGAAAGGCAGGAAGCGAGAGAAAGGGAAGAGGAAGAGGCGAGGAAGAGGGAGGAAGAGAGGAGGAGAGAGGAAGAGGAAGCAAGGAAGAGGGAGGAAGAAGAGGCUAGGAGACAGGAAGAAGAGAAGAGAAAGCGGGAACAGGAAGAGGAAAGGAGGAGACAAGAAGAGGAAGCCAGGAAGAGGGAGGAAGAAGAGGCCAGGAGACAGGAAGAAGAGAAGAGGAAGCGGGAAGAGGAAGAGGAAGAGGAAAGGAGAAGGCAAGAAGAGGAAGCCAGAAAGAGAGAGGAGGAAGCUGCCAAGAGGGAGGAAGAAGAGAGGAGACGGCGAGAGGAGGAGGCAGCUAAAAGGGAGGAAGAAGAGAGAAGGGAAGAGCAGGCAAGGCAAGAAGAGGAAGCCAGGAAGAGAGAGGAGGAAGAGGCAGCUAAAAGGGAGGAAGAAGAGAGAAGGGAAGAGGAGGAAAGGCAAGAAGAGGAAGCCAGGAAGAGAGAGGAGGAAGAGGCAGCUAAAAGGGAGGAAGAAGAGAGAAGGCAGCAGGAAGAAGAAGAAGAAGCAGCUGAAAGAAGGGAAGAGGAGGCGAGGCAGAGAGAGGAGGCAGCUAGGAGGGAGCAGGAGGAAGCCAGGAGAGAAGAGGAGGCAGCUAGGCGGGAGGAAGAAGAUAGAAGGCAGCGGGAAGAAGAAGAGGAAGCUAGGCAGAGGGAGGAAGAGGAGGCGUCCAGAAAGAGAGAGGAGGAGGAGGCAGCCAGGCAGAGGGAGGAAGAGCAAGAAGGGAGGCAGAGAGAGGAAGAGCAUCAACGUGGAAGGAGUGAGGAUGAACGGGCAGCAGAGGAAGAGCGAAGAAGGCAAGAAGAGACACAAAGAGAGGAAGAAGCAGCCAGGCAAUGGGAAAGACAGCAUGAAGGUGGAACAGAGGAAAAAGAGCAAGAAUGGGGUGAGACUGAACUAGAAGGUCGAAAUCAAGGUGAUAAAAAAUGGAGAGCAAUUUUAAACAAGAGAUGGACUGUUUAGUUUUCCAUCUCCCGUGCUAAUACGAAUCCUUUGCGUCAUGGAUGUACAUAGCUUGAAUAAAAUGCUUUAGUCUAUAGCUGCAAUCUUGUAAUAAGAAAGCCACUACAGCAAUCUUUGUGGUGGUCGCUGGAUUGAAGUGAGUAUUCUCUGAAAAGUUCUCUA